CUUUUCAGUGAAAUAAAUGAAGAAAUUGAAGUUUUAAAUCAUAUUUAUAUAGAUGAAUUAGAUGUAGAGUAUGAUGAGAGUGAGAAAGUGAAGACAAUCCGAGUGAUAUUACAUCCUUCAACAUGUGAAGAUACUAGUGUACAAUAUGUCUGUCUAACAUUAGUCUGUGAUAUACCACCUUCAUAUCCACAUGAUGUACCUGAUAUUACUAUUCGUAAUCCUAGAGGGCUGGCAGAAGAAGAAGUUAAAAGUAUCCAUGAUGAUGUUAUACAAUUGGCUGAAGACAGAAAAGGUGAACCAAUGUUAUUUGAACUUAUUGAGCUAGCUAAAGAAAGUUUAACGGAAGGAAAUAUACCACGAUGUGAGUGUUGUAUUUGUCUGGAACAUUUUCACGAGGGUGAUGUAUUCACAAAGACUAGCUGUUAUCAUUAUUACCAUCAACAUUGUCUGGGACGUUAUGUUAAACAUGUUCUAUCUAAACAGAAAGAUGAUAAGGAAGAGGAGUCGGAUAAUGAGGUGUGUUGUCCAGUUUGUAGAACACCUAUAGACUAUAACCUGAACGAACUGUGUGAUGCCCCACCCCCUAUAGAAGACACCCCAACAUUUGAAAUAUCUGAGUCUAUCAGACAGGCAGUAGGAAAGAUGAGAGAUUUGUAUAUCAAACAACAAGAAAAUGGUGGAAUUAUUGACCUCGAUUUUGAAAAGAAUAAAUUUCUUAUAAAUGAGGUAAUUUUAAUAUUAUACUCUAGACUCUUGUUUUACCUACUACUAUAG